AUGGCCGCUCGAGACGAGUGCUACAGCCCGCUGAGCUACAGCCCCCUCAGCAGCCCCGUCUCGAGAUACUACUUUAACGAUGAUGGAAGCGAAGCCACAGCUGGCGGGCACCACCGAAAAGACUCGGGGCAAUUAUUAGACGAAGCAUGGGAGACCCUGGCGGACGAAACUCCGCUCUCCGUUCCCCCCCAACACGACAUUGUCCCCCGAUCGCGCAGCAGCACGUCUCCGCUGCACUCGCGCCCGGGGGGAACCGCGUCCAAGAUCAGCGAAUCCGACUUGCGAAACUUCGCGAAUUUCGUCAAGACCAAGACGGUUACGGAGUCCGCGGGCGGGGGGAGCGGCCGCUCGUCGAGCGGGGGGGCCAGCGGCGGGGGCGGCAAGGACGGAGGUGGAAAGUUCCAGCGCCUCUGGUCGUUUCGGAACGGCGCGAAAGGAGGGGAAGAAGGGGGAGAUGGCGGAGGCGGAGGGACAGCGGGGACCGGCACUGGGGGAAGCGGCACGGCGGGGAGCGCGGAAGGCAGGAGCGGGGGAAGCGGGAAGAAGGAGCGGUUUCUCGAGCAGGUGAUUAAAACCGGCGGACAAGCAGCCCGAGUGUGGUCCAAUCCGCGUCGUCGAACUGCAGCGCCAGCUCCGCCGCCAAAGGUGGCAUAUUUUUCGUUCGACCGGCACCGGGAAGCGGUGGCGGAAGCGGAGCAGCUAGACGCGGAAGAAGAGGCGGCGUCCCGCCAGGGGCGGAGGAGGGAAGCCUUUAAAAGCGCGAGCGUUGGUUCGAGUAGCGGCUUUAGUGCGGGAGGCGCAGGGGAUGGUGUGAUCGCGAACGGAGGUGCGGGAUGGCCCGGGGAAAGUGGCGGAAACGUGGAGAGAAGCGCGCAAGUUUUGCGCCGAGGAGCGAAGGGGGGGAGUUUCGAAAGUAUGGCGCAGGCGGGGCCGAUUGGGGGUGUGGGCGAGUUCGGUAGCGGGCGGCGGAGCGGGGUUGCGCGGGGUGCAAAGGGGGAAGGCAGCGCGCGCGCGUGGGAAGUGACGAUUACGCAGGACGGUGACUAUGGCGAGGGGAAGGACGACGAACGCGAGUUGACCCCCACGAGAGACGCUUCGUCAAAGCAUCGGCGAGGAUUCAGGAGUUGCAGCUUCAGUGGAAUCGGCACUCUUAACUGGACCAACUCCCCGGAGCCCCCACCCUCCCAGCUUUCCUCUCUAGCUCUUCCUUUUCCAAACUCCACUCCUUUCCCAUUCCCUUUCUAUGCACCUCUUCCUCUCCCGCAUUCCCCUCCCACCCGCCUUCUUCUCCCCUCACUCCUCACCAGGAGUCGUAGCUUCAGUGGAAUCGGCACUCUUAACGGGACCAACUCCCCCGAAGCUCCCACCCUCCCUGGCCUCCCCUCCUCCCCCUCCCCCAACCCCGGAAGCCCUCUCUCUUCCGAACGACGCACAUACUCCCCCCACGCCUCCCUCCCCACCUCCUCCUCCUCCUCCUCCUCGCGUGUCCGCCCUCCCCGGUCCUCCACAGCAGUAAUUCUCCCACCUCUUGCUGGGCAUCAUCCCCACCACAGGUCCACAAUACCCCAUCGCAGGACUGUGUCUGUUGAUGAGCAUGGGCUGGUGGGGCGGGCUUUAAUGCAGGCUUCAAUAGAGGAACACCACCAGCAUGGGAAGCCGCCGCAGCAGUAUCAGCAGCAGCAGUACCAGCAGCAGGGUUCGCAAGGCUAUGGUGGUGGUGGUAGAGGGGAUUACGAUGUCGAAGCUGACGAUGAAUCUCCCGGACGUAGCCCGUACAGCCGUCCGCAGGCUCGGCGGAACCGAACCGAGGUGACGCGGCGCCGACCCUCCACUGCCAUGCCGGACGUAGGGGGAGGUUCGGAAGACGGGUCGUACCGGAGGUCGAGGAGCGUCGGACACGGGUAUGAGCUGUAUUUACCCCCGGUUUCUGGGGGUAUUGGUGCGGCGGGUGGGGGUUGUACUGGGCCUCCGGUGGGGGAUACCUGGCCGGCAGGAAGUGGGAGGGAGAGCAUGAGGGAGGGGGUGAGGAGGACUAGAAAGUCGUCUCAUCUAAGGAGACCUAGUCUUGAAGGGGAAGGGUGUUUUGAAGGUAGAGGAGAGCGGGAGGCAGGGAGUGGUGGUGGUGGUAGAGGGGAGCGGGAGGGAGGGAGUGGGGGUGGAAGAGGGGAAAGGGAGGCGGGGAAUGGUGGUGGAAGCAGGAGGGCAGGAGGGGAUGGAGAGGAAGAGAGUCGCGUGGAAGAGGGGGAGAGGAGAAGGGUGGAUUAUGUGCGGCAACGAGAGAGCUCGCAACAGCAGAAGCAGCAGUAUGCCGAUGGUCGGUCACAGCAGCAGCAGCAGCAGCAGCAGCAGCAGCAGCCGCCGCAGUAUUCAUCUUCUCCCCUCCGCCUCUUCCAUCGCCGCUUAAACCGCUGCUUUAACCUUCACGCAGCCGCGACGGCUGGUGUAUCAGCGCCAUCCGCGGAUGCUGCUGCUGUUACGAGAUUAGUAAAAGUUGUCAAUGGCGGUGCCGCUGGUACCAACGCGCUAACCGCAGCCGUCGAGAACUUCGCGACUCGGUCGAUAUCUGUCGCAGCCCAGGCCUCUUUAAUCGCCUCCGUCGCACUCCUCGUCAGCAGCUCGUCCGCGGUAGCGGCUGAUGACGUGGCAGUUGACGUGGCAAGCGCUCCGCUUCCGCAGGAGAUUCGACGCUCAAGCGACGCGUCGCGCCAGGAAAACGGCAUUCCGUUUCUUGCGCGAGUCGCGGCUUCUCAACUGCGAACCGCGCCGCUCUUAACGGUCACAUCCACUGACAUCCUAGAAACGACGGACGCUGCGGAAACGGCGGCGGCGGAGACGGCGGAAGCUCCCAAGGUGCUGGACGGAGCGCGUCUGCUGACGGAAAGCCAGCGCGGCGCGAUGCUGCGACAGCUGUCGGAUCUGGAGUCGCGCGACGGGUGGCGGAUCCGCGUGGCGACGCGGUACGGGGUGAAGAGCGGUUUAGAUGGCAAACAGAUCCGCGACUUGUGGCAGCCGUCGGAUCGGACGGUGAUCGUGGUGGCUGACGUGGCAUCACCCAACAUCCUCAGCUUCAGCAUUGGAGAGGCUGUGCGGUCCAAGCUGCCCUACCAGUUCUUCACAGAGCUGCAAUCCAGUUUCGUGUACAAGGUUCACAUUUCAGUUGCCAUCAGUGAGGCUGUGCGGUCCAAGCUGCCCUACCAGUUCUUCACAGAGCUGCAAUCCAGUUUCGUGUACAAGGUUCACAUUUCAGUUGCCAUCAGUGAGGCUGUGCGGUCCAAGCUGCCCUACCAGUUCUUCAUGGAGCUACAGUCUAGGUAUGGCAAUCAGUUCUUCGUCCGGCAAGAGGGCGAGUCCGAAGCUCUCACUCGGUCGGUCGAUGCCAUCCGAACCUGUCUUGCCGAACCUAACGGCUGCCUCAAGGUCCCCGGCUUGGUAGACGACCUCUACUUCCUCACGCUCGGCGUUUCCGUAGCUGCAGGUGCGGUAUUCGGCUUUUCUGCGCGGCUCCCGCCCCAAGGCCAAGUGGAAGCUUCCUGGCAAUGGGUGGCGAUUUUCUCCCCUCUAUGGCUGCUUCUGCUGCUGGCGUUUGGGGUGUUCCCUGUCGUCGAUCGAACGGCUGAUCUUGUACCGUUGAUUAAGAAUCUUCUGGGAUUUGCAGGGGGCGCAGGAGCAGUUUACAUGACACCUAUUCUAGGGGAGAGCCCUGUUGCUAGGGUAGGGAAAACUCUUAAGGACAAUGGAGACAUUUGA